CCCUCCUUCCUCCUCUUUUCUCCUUCUCAACUAGACAAAGCGUUCCACUACAUCACGAUCGACCCCUCUUCCCCUCCCUCCUCGGAUGAUGCGAGUUGCCUGGGUCCUCAUCCAGUCGUUCGUUCAAGCGUCAAGCUGAUCUCUCCAGCUUAUGCCGGCCCUUUGGACUCGAACCCGCGUUGCUCCUUGGAUGCAAUUCGGCUGGCGACGACCAUGGCGCACUCAUACCCCCCGUCCCAAGCCACCUUGACAGGAUAUCUUCAGGAUUCGGGUUUGCAUCUCCAGGAACCAGCUCAACUCUCCAGCCACUCCCUCUUCGGUCAGAGCCAUUACCCCGAGAGUGGGGCCUUUUGGCAUAAUUCUCCAGGGGCUACUCAUCCUCAGCAAUCUACUGGCCUGCCUAUCCCAACCGGGUCUUACCCAUCUUCUCAAGAACAGCAGCAGCAACAGCAACAGCAGCAGCCCUUGCUGCAACCCGUUCCGGAUCAGAAAAAGCACAAACGCACCAGAAGCGGUUGCUUCACUUGUCGAUCCCGCCGCAUCAAGUGCGACGAGACUCGGCCCAUUUGCGACAGAUGCAGAAAAGGAAGUCGGGACUGUGUCUAUCCAUCGCCAUCGUCAUCCAAGUCGGGUUUCCGCUCAGGGCCCAAAUCCAAGGGAUCUCGUCCUCAGUCUCAGGGCAGUGACUCAUCCGAUAGGGCCGAACAUGAAGAAAGUCGUGCGCUUCAGCCCAUCGCCGAUGAAGAUGAGGACGAAGAGGGAAGUGUCGGGUCUGGGUAUCGAUUGUCGCCGUCCGCGGCUACGACCAGGUCUAGACCUGGUCUCCCGAAACGACACAGUACUCAGUCCCUGAGGAGGCGCAGAACAAAACAAGACACGACUGUCUCCCGUAAAGAAUACAGUCCGGGAAGUUCACCGUCGACCGAGUCGAUGAGUGCACGGUCGGUCAGUGUCGGUCUUUUCUCGCAGGAGCCCUUUGCUUUCCCUGGUACAGCCCAGUUGCCUGAGGAUGUGCGGUUCUAUCUUGCCUUUCACCAGGAAUUCCUUACAUAUCGACAUUAUUUCCUGAAACCAAACAGUGAUCGCUUCGUUCAUCAGAGUAUCAUCGAGUUUGCUUUACAAUACGAACCUCUUCUCUAUGCAGUGGUCGGCUUUUCCGCAUACCAUCAUUCCCUACAAACCGCCAAUGGAAAGAUGUAUACAUUUCUCAAAUAUUACAACAAAGCCUUGGUCUUGUUGCGAAAGUCCUUGGGUUCGGGGAUGGGGCAUAGUGAAGCGACGUUGAUAACUGUGCUCGUGCUUACAACAUUCGAGGAAUUUAUAGGUGAUUGGGUCAAUCUCAUCGACCACCAUCAGGCUGCCCAUGCCCUAAUGCGUGAGCUUUUGACACCCGAGUCGACGAACAUGAACGAACUCCACUCCCAUAUAUUCCUUUGGUAUGCACGAUUCGACGUUGUGGCGGGCAUUUUGGCUGGUAAUGAGACGGUUCUUGGUCGUGAAUGGUACACUGCCAAAGAGGAAUACGACGCCCACCAAGCCGCCUUGUAUCCGAAUGAUCCAGAUAAACAACUUGUACUGAGUGCGUCGAUCAACCGUCGGUUCGGGCUGGAUAUGGCAUCCUUAUAUGCCAAAUUAUCACGGGGCCUGAUCCCAAUCGAAGAAUUCGUUGCUGAGAAUGAAAAGCUCUCGCAAACAUUGGAGAGAAUCAAGGCGAUCCUGGUUAGAUUUAAUGAUUCAGAAUGCACUAUCAAGGCCUAUCCCCACAAGACCCCGCUAUCCGACGAUGACAUUGUCGAUCCUUACAUUCCUGGUGGUCUGCACUACGGCCCUUUGUGGGAAGUGAAUUAUGCCUGGAUCGACUAUCUUAGCACCAAAACCAUGUUUCAGUACCAAUCGUUUCUCACUUUACAGCAACCUCCGUUAUCAGAUCUGGAAAGUUUGGCGUUGGAACAAUGUCGACUGAUAGAGACCAUGGUGCGCUGGCCGGAGAAAGAAAACGGGUAUAUUUUCGCUUUCAAAAACAGUAUUGGAAUCGCCAGUAUGUUCCUCCCCAAGGGUCACAAAUACGCAAUGUGGAGCCGAAGGAAAUUAGCGUUUAUGGAGCAAGCUGGAUACGUUUUGCCCCCCAAAUUUCGAACUGUAUUGGCCACACUCUGGCAGAUGCCAGAGCUCAACCACUGGUGGCUACCAAACGACGAAGGAUGCCCUGAAAUCAUCCGAGAAAUCCGCGCAAUGACCGACGAAAGGAUCAAUAACCCACGCGAUGACUUCCGGCAAAGUGUUCGAGAUAUGAAGACCUUGUUUUGGAAGAUCAACCUGGAUGAUACUGAAAGCGACAAAAGCCCUGUUUCUGCCGGCCUUCCUAUCCGUCAUGGUCAUCCUUGAUUCCACUCAAUGAAUAGCCAACGUCUGCGAACAAAUCAAUCCUUGGUGGCACAGAUGGAUAUAUUCGUUCUUGCCUCGGAAAAGGGACUUGUCAUGCGUCACACCCCACUUUUCCAACCCUUUUGGGGUAGCUCGUAUCCACUACAGCAAGGAUAGACAAUAGACAUGCUGUCUUUCCUGUC